GAAAACUUUCCCUCCCUCCCUGUUCAGUCUCGCCGUGAACCGAUGGUAAAGCACCACGCUGACUUCUCGUGGGAUUUAAUUCCUCCUCGGCGCUGAUCCAGCAACAGGCGGCGUCAGCAUGUCCUUGGCGGAUCCGCAGUGGUGUCCCACAAGCGUCCAGGUAACGGUGCUCCAAGCCAGAGGCCUCAGGAUAAAGGGGAAAGGCGGCACCAACGAUGCGUACGCGGUCAUGCAAGUGGGCAAGGAGAAGUACCAGACCUCGGUGGUGGAGAAGAGCGUGGCUCCGGUGUGGAAGGAGGAGGCCGCCUUCGACCUGCCGCAUCAAGGAGGAGGAGGAGGCACGGAGCGCACCACGCUGCACGUCCACGUCCUGCACCGGGCCCUGGUGGGCCCAGACAAGCAGCUGGGACAGGCAGUCAUCAACCUGCUGCAGCUCAGUGAGGACAAAGCCCGUAACAAGACAGAAUGGUUUAAGCUGCUGGACAAAACUGGUAAGGCAGACAAAGACAGAGGGGAGGUGCUUGUGGACAUCCAGUUCAUGAGAAACAACAUGACCGCCAGCAUGUUUGACCUUUCUGCUGCCGGCAAAUCCCGGUCUCGCCUGGGCAAGUUAAAGGACAAAGUCCGCGGCAAGAAAAAGGAGUCGGAGCCUGUGUCCGGCCCGGCGCCGUCCUUCACUCAGGUUCUGACGGACAGCGAGGAGGAGGCGAACGGCGCCGGCGAGGCAGCGGCGGGCAAGGAUGGAAAAAACAAGAAACACAAGAUGAAAUCGCUGUUUUCUCCGAAGUCCAACCUGCAGAAGAGCAUGUCUCAGUCCAUGUCUGUUCUGCCCGCGAAGAACUCCACGCUGAGCGGCAGCCAGUCGUCUGGUUUGAAUGUGGAUUCCUCUGAAGGUAAAAAGAAGUUCAAGUUCAAGAUACAUAAACGCUCGGGCAGCUCAGAGAGCAAAGAUUCUCAAAAGCAGGCUCCUGUGGAACAGAGUAACGUGUGCAUCAAUGGCAGUCACGUCUACUGCGAAGAGCCGCCGCCUCGGACCUCUCGCAUCGGCUCCAACUUCAGUCUUGCCAGUUCAGGUCACGGAUCAAUGGAGGACGUCCCUGAAAACUCUCCUCCGUCUGUGGACUCGCUGAGGACGACGAGGCAAAGAGUGACAGAUCAGAGGAAGAGAAGGAGAGAUAGGAGUAGAAAGGCAAAAGAGGAGGAAGAGGAAAGGAUUAGAGAGAAGAGGAGAAAGAGGCAGAGAAAGAGGAGAGAAAGGCAAGAGAGAAGGUAAAUGGAAGAGGAGAGAGAAGAGAGAGAGGAAGAGGAGAGGGUUAGGAGAGAAGAAGAAGAGCGUGACAGAUUACUAGAGGAAGAGAAGAGGAGGAAAAUUGAGGAGGUAGAAAGGCAAAGAGAGGAAGAGGAAAGAAUUAGGAGAGAAGAGGAGAAGAAGAGACAAGAGGAAAAGGAGAGGGUCCGUAUGGAAGAGGAAAGAGCUCAAGAGGAGAGGAGGAGGAGGCAAGAAGAAGAAGAAGAGCGUACGUUAGCAGAAGAGAAGAGACGGAUGGAAGAGGAAGAAAGAAGGAAGAUUGAGGAAGAGAAAGUUAGACAGGAAGAAGAGGAGAGGAGGAGAAGGGAGGAGGAGGAAGAGAGGAGGCGAGAGGAGGAGAAGGAGCUGAUGAGAAGACAGGAACAAGAGAGGAGAGAGAAGGAGGAGGAAGAAGAAAGAGUUAAGAAAGAAACAAGGAGGCGGGAGGAAGAGGAGAGGGCUAACAGAGAAAAGGAAGAAUAUGAGAGACUGAUGGAGGAAAGGAGGAAACUAGAGGAAGAGAGGAAAAGAAUCGACGCAGAAGAGAGAAUUCAAAAGGAGGAAGAGGAAAUGGCUAAAAGGGAAGAAGAGAGGGUGAGGAAAGAAGAGGAAGAAAAGAGAAGACUAGAGGAAGAAGAAAUGAUCAGGAAACGGGAGCUGAUGAAACGAGAGGAGGAAGAGAAGGCCAGGCAGGAAAAGGAAGAGCAAGAAAGACUGCUAGAGGAAAAAAUAAGACGAGAAGAGGUGAAGAGAAUUGAGGAAGAGGAGAGAGUUAGGAAGGAAGAGGAGGAAAGGAUUAGGAUGGAAGAGGAGGUGAGACAAAGGGAGGAAGAGAGGGCUAGAAAGGAAAGAGAGAGAUUAGCAGAAGAGAGGCUGAGACUAGAGGAAGAGGAAAGAGUUAGAAAAGAGGAAGAAGAAAGACUUAGAAAGGAGGAAGAAGAGAGAGUUAGAAAGGAGGAAGAGGAGAGGAUUCGAGUGGAGGAGCAGAAGAGGCAAGAGGAGGAAGAGAGGGCUAGAAAGGAAAGAGAGAGAUUAGCAGAAGAGAGGCUGAGACUAAAGGAACAGGAGAAGAGGAGAAUGGAGGAAGAGGAGAGGAUUAUGCGAGAGGAGCGAGCUGAGAGGGAGAGGAAAGAGGAGGAAAGGAGGCUGGAGAAGGAGAAGUUAACACGCGAUGCCGAGGAACAAGCCGGGGAAAACAAAACAAAAGACGGACAAAGAGCCUCGGGGAAGAAAUCCAAAGUGAGCAGUCAUGCAGAAGUCACCUCUACUAAUCCGUUUGAUGAAAACUUUUCCUGUAAUCCCUUUGAGGAAAUUAAAUCUAGCUCCACUUCCAAAGAGGCAACUGUUCGACAAAGAUGCCAGUCCGCCGUUUCAUCGGAGGGAAGCGCCGAUGAAAAGGACCUGAUUAGUAGUCAGCGGGAAAAGCGACCGGCUCCUCAACCUCCAGGAAGGAAUCAAGCUGAGAAGCUGAGUCAGAGGGAGCAGGAAGCGUCUGCACAAACGGGCAAGCCGAGUAAAGACAAAGACGUCAAAACUGUCAGUGUUCUCCCCCAGCGCUCGGUGCAAGCGAUCGCUCCGCUGAGCAGGCCUCCCCAGAGCUCGACGCAAAGCGAUGCCACCAAAGGAACAACAAACGCAGCCAAACACGGCAAACGCCCCGCACCCUCCAGGCCUCGACGUGAAGAAGAGUUGUCAUCUCCCACUAAACCGGCAGUGUUUUCUGUUGAGAACAAAUCGAACAGAGGUACAGACAAAAAACAAGUCCCGGUUGUUUAUGGGUUGAAUCCUUUUGAGGAUGAUGAAGGCGAACAGGAAGAAGUGCCUGGCAACAGUGGUCCGCUACACUGGCCUCCAGCUGCGUCAACAGAUGAUGAUAAAGAUGCUGCCUCUCAAACAAAAAUCAGAUCCUCAAAGGUGGCCCGUGCUCCACUUCCUCCUGCAAAGAGUGACGCCACAUCAAACACUGUCAUGACUACUGAAGGAGGUGAUGUCACAGACGGUACGGGCGUAAAUGUGCCUGAUACCGCUGCAAACCUGGCAUGUGACCCACAUCCUGCUGAGCCCUUGAGUAGCGUGCAGCUCCAGGAGAGUCCCCUCCAGGAGUCCCAGCCCAUAAAAGAACAGAAUGUUGUAGAUGUAGCAGCGAAGAAGGAGGAGCCUCCUACAGCUUCACGCAGGCUUCAGCCUGUACGGCCUCUUAAUCCUCUGGAACAGCAGUCUGUGUCCGUCAUUCAAGAGGAAAGUCGUAACAAAUCCACGGGAUUCCCAGGUGUCACUGAGGACAAAACAAAGGUCAACGGCGGUGGAAUGAAAGGGCCGUACUCCCAGCUCACUCAGGGGGAACUGAUCUCUCUGGUGUUGAAACAGGAGAACCAGCUCUCAGAGAGAGAUAAAAAGAUAUCCGAGCUGGAACAGUACAUUGACAACCUACUUGUGCGGGUCUUGGAAGAGAACCCAAGCAUCCUCAUGUCCAUGAGCACUAUGAAGAAAGCUGCCUAAUUGCAAUCACAGCUGCCACCUUACACCCCUUCGGAGUCUGACUUAACUUCAAGGUUGACAAAAUAAAAUUAAAGAUGAAGUGUAUAAGGAAAUUGUGACAUAUCAGUUAUUAAUUCUCUAUAUUUGUUAAAGAAUCAAUUAAAUGCAACACUGUUUUGUACGUGUGGCGCUUUGAAAGCGUCUCCCUUGUACGUGAUAACGAUUUCAAUGUUGAACAUGAAAUUAUUUCCAGAAAUAACUGAUAAAUGCCUGAACAAUGUUGUUAUAUUUCACAGAAAAACAAAAAGCACACUGUUUUCAAUGUAAAGAAGAGCCUUAAUUCACUGUCAAACUAUGCACUAGUUAUGCAGAUAGCUUUGAAUGUCUAAAGUUUACAUGAUUCUGCUAACCUUAAGAAAGCACUUUAACUAGCUUACACUAUUAACAUUAUAUAUACUGAGUUACUGUACUAUACUGCUGUUACUGCUUUAAAUUUGCAAAAUAAAAUAAAAAAUGAAUAA